AUGCGCACAUCAAGUCUCAUCGCCGGCCUGACAGCUGCGCUCAGCUUGCCGCUGAUCUCCGCCUACGCACCGCCAAAGUUGCACCGGAGUCCGCUCCGUCGCGACGCUCCUGGUCAUGCUCAGGUGCAAGCUCCACCACGGGCGAUUAUGCGUCGCAGCAGCACCUUGCAGUACUUCAACAACAAGACCAGUGCUUUCUACGUUGACGGAACCGGAAUUCCGGACGUUGACUUCGAUGUUGGCGAGAGUUACGCUGGUCUCAUUCCGGUCGAUGCUUCGAAGCCCGAGAGUGAGCAGCAGAAGAACUUCUUUUGGUUCUUCCCCACCGAGAACCCUGCUGGCAAGGACGAUGUCAUUAUCUGGUUCAAUGGUGGCCCGGGAUGCUCCUCCAUGGAAGGCUUUCUUCAAGAGAACGGCCCGUUCUUGUGGCAGUAUGGCACCAUCAAGCCUGUCGCCAAUGCUUGGUCCUGGCAUAAGCUGGCCAACGUGAUUUGGGUCGAGUACCCAAUCGGCACAGGAUUCAGCAGCGGCAAUGUCACUGCCACAGACAACGCCGAGACCGCAGACCAGUUUGUCAGCUUCUGGAAGAACUUUGUCAACACCUUCGACCUGCAAGGCAAGAAGAUCUACAUUGCCGGCGAAAGUUACGCCGGUAUCUACGUGCCUUAUGUCGGCGCCGCCAUGCUCGACAAGAACGACACCAGCUACUUCGACGUCAAGGGCGCGGUCUACUACGACCCAGUCAUGCCUUACGAUGACGCGAUGAACUUCGACCACGCCGCUUUCCCGUCAUUUUAUCGCUACUGGAAGAACGUCUUCGCGCUUCCCAGCGGUGCCGACAAGCAGAUCGAGCAAGACGCCAAGAACUGUCAGUUGGAUGAGUACUUCAACAAGCACUUGGCGUACCCGCCUCCUGCGCGUCCCUGGCCAGCAGCGAAUGUCAAGGAGGAGUGCGAUAUUAUUGCCCACUUUGACGCGAUCUCGACAAUCAUCAACCCUUGCUUCAACGGAUACCACAUCCUUGAUACCUGCCCUGUUCUCUGGGAUGUUCUGGGUUUCCCAUCCAUCAUGUACAGCCCUCCCAAUACCACCUUGUACUUCAACAGACCCGAAGUUAGGAAGGCGAUCCACGUUCCCGUGGACUACCCUACAUGGAGCGAGUGCCAGGACCCCGUCUUCGUCGACUACAAUGACAACUACAACGGCACUGAGCACGAGGAGAAGUUCCAAACCCUUGUGGAGCGCACGAACAACGUUCACGUCGGCUCUGGUCUGGCGGACUACGUUAUCAAGCCCAAUGUCACCACCCUCGCUAUUCAGUACAUCAAGUGGAACGGCGAGCAGGGAUUCCAGAAGCAGCCCUCAGAGGAUCUCCUCAUCCCUACAGUCAACAACGUCGACGAAAACGUUCCGAGCUGGGCCGGUGCUAAUGUCCAAGGAUCCGUUCACACUGAGCGCGGCUUCACUCAUUCCACUGCCAAGAUUAGUGGCCACAUGGUUCCUCAAUAUGCCCCUAGCGUGGCGUUCAGACACAGCGAGUUCAUGCUUCGUCGCGUGGACUCGUUGUCUGCUGGUGCGCCUUGGUCUGUGAACAUUUCUACCACUUUCCAGUGGCCUUACUAG